UUCGCCAGGAGAGAGUGCUUCUGCUGUACAUUUAAUGAAUCUGAUGUUUCCAUUGUAUUUAGAUUAGAUUGUUGACUGAAACUAUGUUAUAUAGGUUAGUUAAAAAGUAUUUGCUCGAUAACUUUCCUUGACUGAAACCACAUAUUAAUACGUGAAAGCGGAACUUGGAAAAUUUGUUUACGGUCAUAUUUCAUGAAUUUUGUAGCCUUUAUGUCGUUACAGUUACUUGUAAAGAGUUCAUCGGGUAGAGAGAACAUUUGUUUGUACAGAGUAUUACGUAUUUUAAAGACUGAGACCAACCAAACACGCUAAUCUUCCGUUUUCACUGACAGCAGCAGACGUGUAUGACGGCGUGUUGUUCUGUGUGACAAAAUCUCCAAUUUCGUGAUCACUGCCCGACAAUCAAGAAUGGAAUAGUUUUUCCUUAAAUGAAUAUACAUUAUAAGUGUCCAGUGCUUUUGAUACGCUACGAUGUGAAGUUUUAAGUGAUGGUUCGGUGUUAAAAUCUUUGGCAUUUUAUGAGCACGGACUAGUUCUGCUGUGUAUUAGUGGUGUGCUUUCGAGAGUCGUUGGAAAUGUAAUUUGGCAACAACAUUUGUUUACUGCAUGCAUGUCAAAAUGGAACAGCAGUUUUUCCAAAAUGUGAAUGGUGCUAGGACGAUGGCACCCGAUGUAAAUAUUCAGUACAUUGACACUGUAGAUGGCGCCCUUCAGUAUAUUGUGAACCAGACGGGAUCGGAACAUCUGAUUGCAAUAGAUCAGUCUACCGGCAGAGCACUGCAGAUUGGAUGCCCAUCGCGCCAACUAAUCAUAGACAACUCAUCUGGACAGCGUGUACUUCUAUUCCGUGAGGUUGAAGUGCCAUCUUCAGCAGCAGCACCUCAACCACAAGUCUCACAACAACAAGAAAGAAAGACAACCUCACCAGCCAUUGGUCAACAGUACGUCGUCACUCCUCAGUCAGCAUCCAGUUUCUUCACAGCAGCUGCUUCACAACAGUCUUCUGUACCACAUUCUACACAUGUACAAACAACUGCAGCACUGGAAAUUGCAUCAUCACUGAGUGACCCACAAGAGGAAAAACAACAGUCACCACCACCACCACCACAGCAGCAGCAGCAGCAGCAGCAGCAGCAGCAGGAGCAGGUGCUGCUUCAACAGCAACAGCAGCAACACUUGCAGCUAGGCCUGCAGCAAAUACACAUACACCAGAGUUCUCCUCCUCCUCCUGCUGCUCAACAGCAACAGCAGCAGCAGCAGCAGCAGCAGCAGCAGCAGCAGCAGAUGACAGCAGAUUCACGGUUGCCAUCAGCCAUUAUAGGAUUGGCAUCUAAUAUCAAGGAGAUUCAACAGAAGCAACAGGACUUGCAGCAGCAGAAGCAGAAGCGACUAGGAGUGGUGGAACAACACAACCACAUCUUGCAGAAGGUACUCCAACAGCGCCAAGAACAGCAGCAGCUGUUACAGCAACACCAGAGCCAUUUUAUACAACAGCAGAAGUCGCAACAAGAUCAACAGAAAUCAAAUCAGCAGACACUUCACCUAUUAUUGCGCCAGCAAGAAGGAACGGCACACAAAUGGUGUGAUCAGAUGGAUCUUCAAAAGCAGCUACCACAAGAAGAACAAACACAGCGCCAGCAGUCAUGCCUCAGAGUAGAGUUGCAAAAGACACAUGAGCACCAACAACAGCAAGAGCAUCAUAAUUUGCAACCACAGUGCCAACAACAGCCAUCUCAGAAGCAGGAGUUGGAGCAAGAAAUGCAGAAGGAUGUACAGAAAAAGGAAUUCGUGCAACACGAGCAGCUGCAGCAACCACAGGAAGGCUUACCCCAAAACUCACAGCCAUCAUAUCAUGUUCACCAGCAACAGCAAACUCAGGAAAGUCACAUUGUGCAUAACCAGGUUUUAUCAGUGCAACAGCAGCAUCAGCCCCGUCAUGUGUCAACUAUCAGACAGCCUGGUCCAGGCCCUGGUACAAGAACACUCAGCAGUAUACAAAGUGGUGCUCCUGUUGAUGGCAACAGUCAAUGCAUUGAGCCAGUUCGUCCUGUUCGGAGACAGUAUCAGAGGACUAAUUCAUCACGCUCACGCUCACAGCAAACCACAACUAAGAAGUCCUUGCCAGUCACACAACCACAAAUACAGAAGCAAAUUCUGGAUAAUGCAUUUAUUCGCAAGCAAGUAUUAGCUGCAUUAUCGCAGCACCAACCUCAACAACAGAAUCAAACCAGACAACAAAAUCAGCUACAACCCCAGAAUCAAUCUCAGCAACAGAGUCAACUGCAGCCACAGAAUCAACCCCAGCAGCAGAAUCAGCUUCAGGCACAGAAUCAGCUUCAGGCACAGAAUCAGCUUCAGGCACAGAAUCAGCUUCAGCCACAUCAGUCCCAGAACCUAACCCUGUCUCGCAUUCAGCAUCAAUCUCUUCUGCAGCAUCAAUCUCUGCCCCAAACCCCAUCACAACCUCAACCUCAAGCCCAAACCCAACCCCAGCCUCAACUGCAACCCCAGCCUCAACUGCAACCCCAGCCUCAACUGCAACCCCAGCCUCAACUGCAACCCCAGCCUCAACUGCAACCCCAGCCUCAACUGCAACCCCAGCCUCAACUGCAACCCCAGCCUCAACUGCAACCCCAGCCUCAACUGCAACCCCAGCCUCAACUGCAGCCCCAGCCUCAAGUGCAGCCCCAGUCUCAACCCCAACCCCAAACCCAAACCCAACCCCAACCUCCACCCCAACCUCCACCUCAACCCCUACUCCAAACCCAUCCUCAUCCUCAAUCACAAACCCAGACUCAACCCCAACCCCAACUCCAAAUUCAAGCCCAAGCCCAACCUGAGUCUCAGUCACAAAACCAAUCUCAACCUCAUAUUCAGGUCCAAGUUUCACAACAGUCACAACUACAACUGCAGCUUCAACCUCAGACCCAAUCUCAACCUGUUUCACAUCAGCAGCCUCCAUUGCAGCAUCAGUCUCAGUGCCAACAGCAGCAACAGAUAUCAUUACAGCCACAACUGCAGCAUCAGUUACAGCAGCAGCAGCAGCAGCAGCAGCAACAACAACAACAACAACAACAACAUUCGCAGGAACCGAAACACUUGCAACAGCAGCUGCACUCAAACUGCCAGAAGCAACAACCACAGAAGCAGGAUUCAAAGCAGACAAAGAGACAGCCACAGAAGCAAUCACAAAAACAGCAGCAGCCACAUACUCCUCGGAAACGCUCAAACACUAAGCCAAAGCAACCCAAGACUCCUCAGAAACAUCAUGUGCAAGUUCAAGCCCAGCAGCAGCCUCGCACGGAACAGCAACUGAUCAUCCAUCUUUCUAACAAUGAAAAACGGCUGUAUAAGUUUUCUGUGGCUCCAGGACAUCAGCUUACUAUACCGCAAAUGCUUGAGCAGGCUGGCCUCCAAGGAAUGAACUUCAAUUUUCUGAACUUGAACCUUCCAACGCAACAACCACCACAGCAGCAGCAGCAGCAGCAGCAUCCUCAAAACCAUGCACAGUCUCGAGCCACUCAUGUAAAGAUGCAGACUUCACAGAUACCUCAGGCAGCUCAAGAAAUGUCAUCUGUGCAGCAAGGAUCCCAGCCCCAACUGCCUCAACAGUCUCCUGAUCUUCAGACACAGUCAUUACCUCAGCCUCAGCAGGUGGUCCAUGCUCCAUCACGGGACAAGUUAAAGACCCCACCACUGCAACAGCUCCCACAACCUCAGCAGCUGCCUGCCUCUCAUCAGUUGCACCCACCUCAGCAACUACCCCCACUUCAGCCAUUGCCUCAUUCACAAACAGUGCAACUUCCUCAGUCGCCGUCCCCACAGAUGCGUCAGUCUCAGUCUCCCCAACUGCGACAGUCGCAGUCCCCACAACUGCAGCUGCGCCAGCCUCAGUCUCCGCAGAUGUCCCAGGUACCUCCCCAGCAGCUCCCUGUGUCUCAGUCUCAGCAGCUGCCUGUCUCUCAACCACAACAGAUACUGCUACCUGUAUCACAGCCUCAGCAGGUAUUACUGCCUGUGUCACAAUCCCAACAAGUAUCUGGGACACAAUCUCAGCAAGUGGCAGUGUUACAGACCCAACAGAUCCCCAUAUCUCAGUCCCAAUCAGCUCCUCUGUCACAAGUUCAGCAGCAACCAGCAUCACAAGUUCAACAGUUACCUCUUUCACAACCUCAGCAACUGCCAGUGUCACAGGUUCGGCACUUGUCUGCUUCACCACCACAACAACUGUCAGUAUCGCAGCAUCAGCAGCUAUCUGUGACGCAGUCUCAGCAGGUGCCUUUGCCACAUCAGCAACUACUGGUGCCACAAAUACAGCAGCAGAAUGUGUCACAACCACAGCAUCUAGAGCAAACUCAACAAAUUCAGCAGGUGGCACACACCGAAUUGCUCACGCAAUCGCAGCAACUGCUACACUGCACACAGGUACCGUCGAGUUCUCAGGGCCAGUCGCAGCAGCCAUCCCAGCCUCAGCCUGCAUGUAAUCCCCACCAACAGAUUCAGCCUCAGCUACAGGUCCAACUUCAGCUGACGACUCAACCUCAGCAUAAUUUACAAGAACAGCAGUCAACUGUUCAGCAGCAGGCCCAUCGACAAGUUCAGCAGCAGAUUUACCAGCAGCCCCUAAGGCUGCAGUUGCAAUUACCCCAACAUCAGCUUGUUCUACAAACUCCUAACCCAUCUCAAGCUCAAAUCUUACUUCAGAAAAUAAUAGCUGCAAAAUCAAAGUCAUGUGAAGAAAUACAAGUGCCAGCGAUUGUCACAGCUGUACCACAGUCGCCUGCUUCGGAUAAAGAACGCUCCCAGGAUUCGUUACCGGACACAGGCAGCAAUAAUUCUUCUUUGUCUAGUGUCACAACAGUUAUAAGGAAUGUUAACGGGGAAACUACUGUUGAAAUAACGAGACCGAGAAAAGAGGAGCCCAAAUAUGUGGAUGGAAUGCUGGCACUGUGCCACUACUGUGGCUACACCUCCAAUGAUUUCAACUGCUGUCAACGUUGCACGCGAAAGCUGCCCGACAACGUUAAAGCACUACCAUCACAGGGUGUGACAGGAUUACCAACUGGAACUAAGGAGAAGAAGUUCCAUGAUAAAUAUAAAAAGUGGGAAGUACAGGUAUCAAAACCAGGUGCCAAAAAAUCAUCAAAAAGGCCUGUUAAGAAACAAGCCAAACUGGUGGAUGAACCAGUGUGCCUGACGCUUUCCUCUGAUGAGGAAGAGCGUGGGCAUUGUGAAGGGGAGGUGCCACAGAGAGGAUCUGGCCAAUCUGCUGUGCAGAUGGGAUCUGCUGUUGACUUGAAUUGUGAUCUCUCUAGUUCACUUUUGAAAAAGGAACCUCCACCAAACUUUUCAGAUGAAGAAGAUGAGCUGGUCUCUGAUAUUAACAAACUCAAGAGUGUCUGUGGUGGAGGGCGUGAAAUGCAGAGUAUUGUGGAUGGUAGCAUGGUUGGCACAUACACCCUCCUAGAUUGCCGCACAGUUCGGAUUGGGAACUACAAAGUUGUGCCUAAAGACAGAGUCCUGUUGUCAUCAGCUGGUAUAAGGAUUCAGGUGCCAGCGUUAACUGAUGACUCUGCUGUUGUUACGGUGGCCAUGGAAAAGUCAGAGCUACGAAAAGUUCUGAUAAAUUUUGGACGUGGAAUGCCAGUAUUGUUCCUCUAUACAAACCGUCUAGCUGCUGAACGUAUUAGGCGGACUCUUAGUAUGGAACCUAGUCGUGGACCUUAUUAUGAUCCCAACAGUCUAGAUGACACUCAGAGACGGAUUACGUUGCUGCCGGAAAGAAUAUCAGAAGAGAGCAAAGUGGCCCUUAAAAACAUUUUUGAAGGUAUUCUUAGUGAGCUCGAUAACAAGGAAGCGAAUGAACUUCUAGUUCGUGCUUCUCCGAGAGAGAUUCAAAGUCUGAUAAAGAAAACAAGCAGUGGAUCAUCAAAUUCCGUAAGAAUAAAGAAUGAAAUACAAACAAUCAUAAUUUAUCCACCUCCACCUGCGAAAGGAGGAAUACCAAUAAAUACAGAAGAUUAUGCUUGUUUGGGUGAAGAUCAGUUUCUGAAUGAUGUAAUAAUAGACUUCUACUUAAAGUUCCUAACUCUCUCUUCAUUGACUCCAGAAGAUCAGGCACGCACACAUGUAUUUAGCUCUUUUUUCUACAAACGCUUAACAACGCGGCCUGCUAAAGUUUCAAAGCGUCCACAUCCAAUUGAAGACGAUCCAAAGUUGUCUGCUGCAGAGAAGAGGCACAGUCGUGUGAAAGGCUGGACAAAACACGUUAACAUUUUCGAAAAAGAUUUCAUCAUAAUACCAAUAAAUGAACACUGUCAUUGGUUCCUAGCAAUUAUUUGUUUUCCUGGUUUAAAUGGCUGUGUGCGAAUGUGUGACAACACUCCAGUAAAAGAGCUCCCAAAAACACGUCGAAAGGCAGUCACUCAGAAAAGUAUUGUAGAAGAAGCAGGAAAGAGUGUACAGAUAGGAUGCACAACUAUUACACCUGUAAAAGUUGCGACAACCACCAUUACGUUGGAGUCGCCGGAAGAUGAUUGUUCAGAUCGAGAUGAAGCUGAAGGUGAAGAUGAUGAUAUUGUUCGGAGCAGCAGUGAGGAAGAUGAGGACGCUUCUUCUAAGCCAGCAGCAACAGUGAAACAUGCUCUUUUUGCUGAUUCCUCUGUUGAUUCUUUUUACCCUAGUAAGAAAUCAGACAGUAAAAACUCUGCAAAAGCAACAAGAGAGCCUAUAAAACAGCCCUGCAUUCUUAUCUUUGACUCACUUUCGGGAGCUAGCCGGACACGUGUUGUGGCAACGCUUAGAGACUAUCUGCGUAUUGAAUAUCGAACGAAGAUGGGUCGCAGCCGAGAUUUCAACAAGGAUACAAUCAAAGGUGCCUCGCCACGUGUCCCACAACAAACGAAUUUUACAGACUGUGGUCUGUACCUGUUGCAGUAUGUCGAGAGUUUCUUCAUGAAUCCAAUAGAUGACUACCAUUUGCCAAUGAAAAAACUAGCAGACUGGUUUCCUGAAGAAGUGGUCAAUCGCAAGCGCGAAGACAUCCAGAAAUUGCUUUUAGACCUAAUGCAGAAAUACAAUGUAGACAUAGAAAGUCUUAAUCUGCCAAAGCUUUCCUUUUCAUCAUCCAAGCAGAACAGUGACAGCUGCGACAAUCCUAAUGAACAAGAUAACAGUGCUGAUGAUGAGAAGGAAGCUGCUGGCUCACCUCAGACACCACCAAAAUUGCAGCGACUACAGCAGCAUAUGGAAUCGGAAGCAGAGAUAAUGGUGGCACGUCCACUUGUAAGUUAUGCGGAUAGUGAUGGUGAAAUGGGGCCAGUGGAAACUGAAAAAGAGAGGACAGAUCUGGCAAGUGCUAAUUUUGUUGAUAGUACUGUACCUGUCCCUGUGCUCCACAAAGGAAAGAGAAUUGGUACUGAACGACGAGAUCCAGUUGAUUCAUCAACCGUUACAAAUCCAGUGAAAAGGAUGAGGCCAGCUAGAUAGGAUCAGUUGGUUGCUUAUCUGAGCUCUGUAAUCUCUGACCCCCUGCAGUACUCCUUCCUCAGCACCUAUCAGAGUGAGCCGGAGUUAUGUGCUGCAGUCAAUUUGUAACUUAUAUCUACAAUGAAGUUUUGUACAUAUUAGAUAUGGUGUACCUAUAGAUUGUGUACAGCACACUGCUACAAUGUUUCAGCUCUCAUAAGUUUUUAAUUAUUAUUUGCUCCUGUGAAAAAUGUUAUGUCUUUUAAUGUUUUGUAUUAUAACUAUGUCACUGUAUCUGUUAAGUAUUAUGUACACCAGAUUACAGAGUGGUGUCAUUGAAAUGUCAUUUUGUGAACUAUGUAAACUUCCUUGCUUUUGCAACAAGUUAGUAACGUGAGCAUGGUAGUUAAAAUAAACAAAUAAGUAAA